GUGAUAUACAAACCAGCCCGCCCGCAAUCAACACAGGAUCCAAUACCAUAAACACAACAAACCGGCACGAACGAUAUACGAUUAGCAGGCUCGGGACCGGUCUCGAUUCGAGUGCAUUGGCUUAGGUGGGCUUUGGUUGAAUUAGGAUUAUCAUCAGCCAGGAAAGAAAGAAAGGGAUCUAUCUGGGGAGCUUGGGUAUUUAUUUUCAAGAGGAGGGAGAGACAUAAUAACGAAAGGAAGAAAAGAAAGAAAGGAAGAAAGAUGGAGCGAUUAGCAAUGAGGGCGCGCACAACCAGUCUUCGACUUGGACUCCACGUCUCAAAACCAAAUACCACCAUCCUCACCAGCCGCCGUCUCCUCACCACCUCUCUCCGCACACGCACAUGCACAUCCACAACACGCCCAUCGACCUACUCCCUCCGCCCAUUCAUAUCCCAAAAAUCAGCAGUAGCAUACUCCAGCAGCAGCUCAUCAUCAUCAUCAUCAUCACCCAGCGCCUCCUCCCCCUCCUCCUCCCCCUCCCCCUCCACGACCAGCACAGCACCCCUCACACCACCCGACCAACUCGACGCCAAAGAGCGCUCGAUCUUCGAACUUCUCGCCCGGGAACUAGCGCCCCAAGAACUCGCCGUGCGCGACGUGAGCGGCGGCUGCGGCAGCAUGUACGCGAUUGAGAUUGUGAGUGAGCGCUUCCGAGGCAUGGGUAUGUUGGCGCAGCAGAGGUUGGUGAAUGGCGUGUUGGGUGAGGAGAUUAAGGGCUGGCAUGGUGUGCAGUUGAGAACUAGAGCUCCGUAGGAUUGAGAAGGGGGGGUUGGAGGUUUGGGACUGGGAGGUGGGAGGUGGGAAUGGGGAGGGGAGUGUAUUAUUAGGAGACGGUGUAUUACUUGUAAAAGAAAGAAAGAGAGAAAGAAAGAAAGUUAAUCAGGCAUUUUCUUUUGGGAUAGAGGGGGGGGGGGUGGCACAUAUGUAAAAGGGGAUAGAGAUAUGGGUGUAUAUAUGUAUAUACAUACCUAUGCAUUGUGCAUUAUUAGAUAAAGAUCCUCUUUACCUUAUCCUCGAGA